AUGGUCCACUUCAAGUCUACUGUUCUGGCUGGUAUGGCUGCGGCUCCCUCUGCGUAUGCAUGGGGUUCGCUCGGUCAUACGACUGUUGCGUACAUCGCACAGAACCUCGUCUCGCAGGAUACCAAGAAGUUCGCCCAGCGUAUCUUGAACGAUACCUCGGCAUCGUACCUUGCCAACGUAGCCACAUGGGCCGACAGCUACCGCUACACCGCCGAAGGCGCCUUCAGCUCACCCCUGCACUACAUCGACGCCCUGGACUCGCCCCCCACAUCCUGCGGAGUUAACUACGAGCGUGACUGCCCCGAGGAAGGCUGCAUCGUGUCCGCCAUCGCUAACUAUUCCACCCGCGCCGUCACCCAGUCCGUCGGCCUCACUGAGCAGCAGAAAGCGCUUAAAUGGGUGAUCCACUUCGUCGGCGACAUUCACCAGCCCCUGCACGUCGAGAACCUGGAAGUCGGCGGCAACCUCAUCAACGUUACCUUCAACGGCGCCCGAACCAACCUGCACGCCGCAUGGGACACGGCGAUCCCGCAGAAGCUCGCCGGCAACUUCUCGCUGGCCAACGCCGAGCGCUGGGCGACAAACCUGACCGGCGAGAUCAAGCGUGGCGCGUACAAGAAAGAGAGCAAGACCUGGACCAAGGGCCUGCAGGCGAAGAAGCCUGUCGACACGGCUAUGCUCUGGGCCAAUGACGCAAACGCAUUCGUCUGCUCGACCGUCCUCCCCACCGGCCCGGAGACCGUGCGCAACCAGGAGAUCAGCGGCGCGUACUACGACACCGCCAUCCCCGUGGUGACGAAGCAGAUUGCAAAGGCCGGGUUCAGACUCGCUGCGUGGCUCGACGCGGUGGUGGAGAACGCGGGCAAAGGCGUGAUCAAGGGUGCGGACGGGAAGUACGGACUCAGCAAGAGGGCGUUCGAGUACGAGGCUUGGCAGCUCGCGGCCAAGGAGAAGAGGGCGCUGUUUGGCGACGAUUGCGGGUGUGGCGAGGACCAUGCUCAUUAG